UUGUGAAACAUGGAAGACUGACUGGACAUAUCAAUGGGAGAUGACGCCGACCAGGAAGUUCAGGCGACAUGCGGGGGAGAAUGUUGCGGCAAAACGACGACCGAAGACCCCUCACCCAAGUCUCGAUGAGGCACAAUUGCAAGCUGGGAUGCACUUCUAGGGCAAAGCACAUGUCAGACAACGGCGGAAUGCAACAACCACGGUGGAAUGCUGCGCGCUUCCAGGGUAACGCGAUGAGGCCGUUGGUUCGAUAAGGAAAUGGUGAGGAAAUUUUCCACCGUCGAAAGCUGACAGAGAUUUACACAGCUCGGAAAAAAAGUUUGUUAUGUAAAAGUGUGAAAAAGCUCGACCACCGAAGAAGACAGCGAUGGGAAAUACGGAAAGUAACGUUACCAGUGGUGUUAAGAAGCAGGCCGGAGUGUCCACCCAGGCGCUGUACAAGUUCGUCAAUCUGAAGGGUGGUGGUCUUCUGGUGGACAUGAUGAAACGGGCGAUCCAAAACAAACAGUACGCGGAAAUUGACCACGCAAUAAAGACAAAGGUUGAGCCGUUCCUAUACAACAAGGGCAAAGGAAAAUAUAUCCCGGUGGCUCAGUUGGUUUUACUGCGGAAUCGCGAGAGGCCCAGACACAAACAGUUACCGGAAAUUCGGGCCAUGGAGAACCCCGAAGAGGAUUUCGACAUCGAUGCUGCCUGUCCGGAUGUAAGCGAGGCCGAAUACCAGAGGAAUCCUGCGGGCUACAGGGAGGUGUGUUGGAACAUUAAGGAACGUGGAGCCGUCGGCGAAACUAUUCUCCAUCUUUGUCUACUGAACGCCACUUCGUUGCACGCUGACCUAGCCAAACGCUUGUUAAGGUUUUACCCCAAGCUCAUCAAUGAUGUUUAUAUGUGCGACGAAUACUAUGGAGAGAGUGUGCUACAUCUGGCGAUCGUCAACGAAGACCCAGCGAUGGUGAAAUAUCUUCUAGACAGUGGAUCCGAUGUGGAUGAGAGAUGCUGUGGGACAUUCAUGUGUCCCGAGGAUCAGAAGGCAACCCGCUUCGAUACAAUUGAAACGGAGAUUGUGGGCGUUCUUCCGAUGACCAACUACGAUGGAUACGUUUACUGGGGAGAAUAUCCACUCAGUUUUGCAGCGUGUUUGGGCCAGGAGGAAUGCUAUAGGUUGGUACUUGCCCGGGGAGCAGACCCUGAUAAUCAAGACUCGAAUAGGAACACUGUCCUGCAUAUGUUGGUAAUUUAUGAAAAGGUUACAACAUUCGAUAUGGCGUACGAGGUAGGAUCCUCGCUAGAUAUUAGAAAUCUACAGAAUUUGACGCCAUUGACGCUGGCAGCGAAGCUGGGUCGCGUUGAAAUGUUUUUCCACAUCAUGAACAUUGAGCGGGAAAUUUACUGGCAGUUGGGAAGUAUAACUUGCGCCGCCUAUCCGUUGGCAAUGCUCGAUACGAUUAACAUAGCUACAGGUCACAUCAAUAAGGAUUCAGCAUUGAAUUUGGUGGUAUUUGGCGAUAAGGACGAACAUUUGGAUUUACUGGAAGGAGUAUUGAUCGAUCUAUUGAAAACCAAGUGGAACACGUUCGUCAAGGACAAAUUUUAUAGACAAUUUUUUAUAUUCUUUUGGUACUUUUGCGUAUCAUUGAUAAGCUUUACACUGAGGGAUGGUCCAAUGAAGCAAGAGGAUGCGGAUACUAAUCGGACAACCACAAGCGUUCAGGCAAGGAAUUUUACCAUCGCCGAUCUUGCGAAUGCAACGAUCCCAACCGCCCUGACGACGGAUGUUAGUGGAAAGAUCGUUAGUUUCAAUUCGAGUGAAACGGGGUUUGAUCCGUCGAUGAUCGGAAACAGUAUGUUCUUCGACUCCAAAUGUCCAACGAUGGCCUACGAUGGAUUACAGGGUAAACUCCGAUUGAUUUCGGAGAUAAUAAUUCUGAUGGGUGCGUUUUUCUACUUGAUUGCCGCUUUGCGGGAGUCACGUUUCCUUGGAAGGAAGAUGUUUAUAGAGAAUUUGAUGACUGCUCCUUCAAGAGUAAUGUUUUUAUUUUCCUGUUGCAUAAUGAUGGUUGUCCCUUUCCUGAAAGUUUUGUGUUUCACCGAGCUCGAAGAUCAUGUCGUGGUUGUGAUCAUGCUGACAACGGCUCCUUACUUUCUCUUCUUCUGUCGAGGAUUCAAAACCGUCGGGCCCUUCGUUGUGAUGAUCUAUCGCAUGGUGAUGGGAGAUCUGCUCCGGUUCGUCGUUAUUUAUCUGGUGUUUGUCAUGGGUUUCUCGCAGGCAUACUACAUUGUGUUCUUGUCCUUCAAGGGUGAAGAGGAUAGCGACGAGAAUCCGAUGCCUUCGCCGAUGGAGUCAAUUGUAGCAAUGUUUCUGAUGUCACUGACCAAUUUUGGUGAUUACUAUGCCGCGCUCGAGAACACGGCCCACGAGGGAUGUGCCAAGACCCUCUUCGUCAUCUACAUGGUGAUAGUGGCCGUCCUGUUGGUGAACUUGUUGAUCGCUAUGAUGGGUAACACAUACACCAAAAUAGCGGAGACGAAAAACGAGUGGCAGCGGCAGUGGGCCCGUAUCGUGCUGGUGGUGGAGCGUGGUGUCCCACCGGCCGAACGUCUGAAGAAUAUCAUGAGCUACAGCCAACCAAUGUCGGACGGACGGCGGGCGCUUGUGCUGCGAUUAAACAUGACCGACGAGGACAAGGAAGAGAUGAAGGAAAUCCUCGAGAUGAAACGUGUUCAUGAGCGGUUGUCGAAAAAGCGCCAAGUCGAGCGGGAAGCGCGAGCCGAAAAACGACGUCUUUGCAAGGAAAAGUACAUGAAUAUGCCAUAAAGAUAGCAACAUUUUAAUAUUGGUUAUUUAGACAAAUUGUUGUUUUUUUUAAACUA